AUAUUACACAAAUUCCCCAUCAACCGACUCAAAAAUCCGUUGGCUUCGUUACUGAUAAAACCACCACAGACAGUGGUUUUGUUUUCAAAACAUUUGGCUUUCACUUCAUACUAUCCCAGCGUCCUAUAACUCUAUAUAAACAAGAAAACUAAUUCCAUUUACUCCAUCACAACAUAGUGUGUUUACAAAGAACAAAGAGAAGAGUCAAAGAGUAUCCGAAGAAUACGUUAAUUGAAGAUGAGUUCAGCAAGCAGAGCUUGGAUAGUAGCAGCCAGUGUUGCUGCAGUUGAAGCCUUGAAAGAUCAAGGAUUCUGCAGAUGGAACUACACCAUUAGAUCAUUACACCAACAUGCCAAGAAUAAUAUCAGGUCAGUUUCUCAGUCGUCCACGAAGUUGUCUUCUCCAUCUUCCGCUCUGGUUUCAAGCAAAAUAAGAGAACAGAAAACAAAGCAAUCUGAGGAAUCUUUAAGGACAGUCAUGUACUUGAGCUGUUGGGGUCCAAAUACCUAAGCUGAUAGAGGAUCGCAGAGAGUUUUGAAGGUUUGAACGAGGAGGAUUCAGACAAAUUAUAGUUAUAUAUUCGAAUUUGUCACUCUCGUGCAGUAGUUAGAAGAAUUACUAGAUGGCAGAUAUCUGUGUUCCAAGUAAUGGGAACUUGUAAAUUGUUAAAGCAAUAUAUACAAUUUUUGAGAAUUAUUAGCCCCUAUCUUCAUUUU